UUCGUUUCAUGUCAUUUCCCGUUUUAUUUUAAAAACCCAGCUGUGAAAAAGGAAGCCUUUCCACCCAAAGUUUGUUACUACUCAGACCUUCCCGCACGAAAAAACAGAUGAAGAAGUACUCUUUUUGGCAGAGAUUCGUAAAUAUAUACAUCUGAGGAAUGAGCUCUACAGGCUUGAUGUUCAGGUAUGGUCACACUGAACAGGAUUCAGAACUGGAUCACCGUCAUUGGACACGACAUUUCUCCCCUCUCUCGCAUAGAAUUCAUGCUGACAACUUAUUCAUUUUCCCACCAGCCCGUUUCACAUCACAAAACAGGAGGAGCGUCUAUCACUUUCCCGGCUUCUCGUGUCUCUUGAACUCAUAGAGCGAGGAAAAUGGGUUUUACCAUCCACAUGCAUUCACUGAGAUCAGCUGAUUGUUUCUCAGUGCUAAAUGACUGCAGCAUUGAGAAUGGAUUAUUAUAUAGAGUUAUCACAGGUUAUGUUAUUAUCUGGCUCAGAAAAAAAUAAAACCUGUUAAUCAGUGAAUUUUAUAGCAGCUCAAAGGCUGAAUUCUGGACAUUGUACUCAGACACACCUCAGCUGGACCAGAACUAAAGGAGGAAGCAGUUUGUGCUCGUUGUUCCCUGCAGAGAGACUCUCAGACGAUCCGAUUCACCUUCAGACCAAACCAGCAGCUUCCUCUGAGUCCAGGAGAGAAAAGAGGAAACCUCCAACCCUGAAGCUUCACUCAGAGACUAAAUGGCUUCCAGAUCAGAGGAGGAUCUCUGCUGUCCGGUCUGCAAGGACAUCUUUCAGGAUCCGGUUGUUCUGUCAUGUAGCCACAGCUUCUGUAAGGAGUGUCUGAAGACCUGGUGGAGAGGGAAAGCAGCACAAGAGUGUCCAGUUUGUAAGGGAAGAUCAUUCACUAAAGAUCCACCCUGUAACCGGGUUCUAAAGAACCUGUGUGAGACCUUCCUACAGCAGAGAGACCAGAGAGCUUCAGAGGAUCUCUGCAGUCUGCACUCUGAGAAACUCAAACUCUUCUGUCUGGACCAUCAGCAGCCAGUGUGUCUCGUCUGCAGAGAUUCAGAGAAACACACCAAGCACAGAUUCAGACCCAUUGAUGAAGCUGCUCAGCAACACAAGAAGAACCUUCAGGAAACUCUGGAACCUUUAAAGGAGAACCUGGAGCUCAGGAAGAAAGUUCUAGAGGAGUUUGAUCAGACAGCAGAACACAUGAAGGUCCAGGCCCGACACACAGAGAGGCUGAUUAAGGAGCAGUUUAAGAAGCUUCAUCAGUUUCUAGCAGAGGAAGAGGAGGCCAGGCUGGCUGCACUGAGGGAGGAAGAGGAGCAGAAGAGUGGGAUGAUGAAGGAGAAGAUGGAGGCUCUGAGCAGAGAGAUAGCAGCUCUUUCAGACACAGUCAGAGCCACAGAGGAGGAGCUGAGAGCUGAAGACGUCUCAUUCCUGCACAACUACAAGGCUGCAGUGGAAAGAGUCCAGCGCUGCCCCCUGCUGGAGGAUCCACAGCUGCCCUCAGGAGCUCUGAUAGACCAGGCCAAACAUCUGGGCAACCUGGCCUUCAACAUCUGGAGCAACAUGGAGAACAUGGUCUCCUACACUCCUCUCAUCCUGGACCCAAACACUGCUGGUUCAGAACUCAUCCUGUCUGAAGAUCUGACCAGUGGGACUAAAAUAGAGAAACAGCAGCUUCCUGAUAAUCCAGAGAGGUUUAGAUCACGAUAUUCUGUCCUGAGUUCUGAGGGCUUCAACUCAGGGAACCACAGCUGGGAUGUUGAUGUUGGAGACAGUGAAGUCUGGAAGCUUGGUGUGUUAGCAGAGUCUGUCCAGAGGAAGGGAAUCAUAGAGUCUGGAUUGUUGGUUUUACAGUUCUCUGGAGGUAAAUACAAAGCACGGUCUCCUCCAGCUCCUUCCAAGGACCUCUCAGUCCAGAAGAAGCUCCAGAGGAUCAGAGUGAAUCUGGACUGUGACAAAGGAAAGCUGUCCUUCUCUGAUCUGGACACUAACUCACAGAUACGCACCGUCCGACACACCUUCACUGACAAGAUGUUUCCAUACUUCUACACUCAGGAUAAAGUGAAAAUCCUACCGAUGAAGAUCUCAAUGAGCAAACAGCAGCUCUGAUGUUCUCAGCAUGAAGAACACAAAGUCCAGAUGUCCAUUUCAGAUCUGCUUGAUAAUCUGUCAAGGUUGUGGAGCUUAGUCUGGUUCUGACAGCAGGUCCAGAUGUGCUGAUCGUUAACAGGUAACAGGUAAAGUUAGAGGAGACAUGAGGACCCAAGUUAGAGCUCUGCUGAGGGAACCAACCUGAGGCCCAAACAUCCAGCCUGAAGAACGCUGCAGCAGAAAACUCAGAGAGGUUUUCAUGUUUAGUUCAGGAACAACUCAGCAGAUUUAACCUCAACAGAGGGAAGCAGGGUUUUUAUAUUAGAAUUUUUUAAAUAAACACAUUCUAUGUGUCUGAGAUUGUGGAAUAUAUAUCUGAUGCUUGUGCAAUAACAGGUUCAUGUGUUGUUAGGGUAGAGUCUGUAGAAGGUUCUGAUGCAAAUCCGUUAAAAGCAUUGAUUACUUGAACAAAUUCAAGGAACUUCUCUGGAGCUGAAGAUUGAGACUCUUUAAAGCAUUUUUGAAGCACUUUCAACAAUUGCUGGCUAUAUAUCUGCCUCUGCUCAGUUCUGUGAAGGUCCCAGCAAAGAUUUACCAUUAGGUUGAGGCCGGACUUUGACUGAGCCAAUAAAACACCUCGGUUCUUUUCACUCAAGGACACAUUGUGCAGAACUUCUGUCAUUUCAUGGAGGUUUUAUCUUGGUUUGCAUGAAGCCUGGAGGAUUGAAAUCUCCAUCCGAGACUCUUUUUUUUUUAGCAAACUGUCGGAUGCUUUAAUAGGUGCCUGAUGGCACAACAUCUGCCAUCCGGUGCCUUCUUGUAAAUCAAACCAUUUACACUCUUAUCACUGGUCUGCAUGUAGUUAGAUAAUUUGUGACAGUGGCAAAUUUAUUACAGUGCUGUAUAUUUGAAAAUUUGUUAAAUGUUAAAUUAAGUGUAUUUUCUUUCCUCAAUAAAAAAUUUUAACAAUUAAAAUGUUUUUUUUGUAAUAUUUAUAAGGU